AACUGCAGGACUGGAGUGCUAUUCUAAGGCUUCAUCUUUGCUGCGGAAGUUCCAGACAAUUGAACUUGUGGAAUUGAUCCCAGCUAUCUAGAUGGAGACUGAAGUGGUGCACUUGGUCUGCCGUAACCUCUUCUGUGGUGGUGCUGAACAUCCUCUGGUGGACUAAUUCUCUCGGCUCUAAGAAACAGAGCAAACACAACCCUUGCCUCUUUUCAGUUUUAACUGUCCAUUUGCCUCUGCUGCAACUUUGAUCUUGUGAUACUUUCUUCUCCUGAAUUCCUAUGUGUGACUCUGCCUAUUGCUGCCUUCAUACCAGCUUUCCUAUGUGAAACUGCUGCUGAAAUCGGCACGUGUGCUUUCAUCACCUCUUUCUUUGCCUGAUAUGUCCUCCUUGAUCUUCAAGUUCCAGCUGUCCAAACACCCACGUCAGUUCUGUUGUUCACUUUUCAUUGGUACUGGAGAAGCGUAACUGCACUGCUGCAGUCAGACUCUGCAGGGUUAUGUUUGCUUCAGGCUCCUCCUCAAAAUGACUUUGUUUUUAAAGUAUGGCUCUUGGACUCUUCCAGCUGUUGGAGAACAUUGUGUCUGUACUGUUUUCUGCGAUAGUUUAUCAGUUAGCUCUUUUGGAAGAGACUCCACAAUGGAUAACUUGAGAAACAUUUUCUUUGAUAGCAAUUGCAGUCAUUAAAAGAUUUAAUUUUAUUUCUGAUAGAUGAUUUAUUUUCUGUCAAACCUCUACUUAUCUCUGUCUUCCUUUAUCUUCCUUUUAGACUCUUUUUCUGUAACUAUCUUGCUCUGCAAGAUUUUUUUUUUUGAAAUAUUCUGUAUUAAGGAUACUAUGCAUAACCUACUAAGAUUCUCAGCCAUUACAAGGGGUAGAGGAAGCAUGGAAUCUUAUUUUAUGCGAUGCCAUGACCUCCUUUCCAUUCACAAUCAUCUGGAAACAAAUGACUAUGCCUAAAAUUGUGAAGGCUGGAGACAAAGACCUUGAUGGACAACUGGACUUUGAGGAGUUUGUUCACUAUCUCCAAGAUCAUGAGAAGAAGCUGAGACUGGUCUUCAAGAGUUUGGAUAAGAAGAAUGAUGGCCGUAUUGAUGCCCAGGAGAUUGUACAGUCUCUUCGGGACCUGGGAGUCAAGAUCUCUGAGCAACAGGCUGAGAAAAUACUCAAGAGAAUAAGGACGGGACACUUCUGGGGUCCUGUCACCUACAUGGAUAAAAACGGGACAAUGACAAUUGAUUGGAAUGAGUGGCGAGACUAUCAUCUGUUGCACCCAGUGGAGAACAUUCCUGAAAUCAUCCUGUACUGGAAGCACUCUACGAUCUUUGACGUAGGAGAGAAUUUGACUGUGCCUGAUGAGUUCACAGUGGAAGAGAGGCAGACAGGGAUGUGGUGGAGACAUCUGGUUGCAGGUGGAGGUGCAGGUGCGGUAUCCAGAACCUGCACAGCUCCCUUGGACCGCCUGAAAGUGCUCAUGCAGGUUCAUGCCUCCCGCAGUAACAACAUGUGCAUCAUUGGCGGUUUUACUCAAAUGAUCCGAGAGGGUGGACCAAGGUCACUGUGGCGGGGGAAUGGCAUCAAUGUGUUGAAGAUAGCACCCGAAUCUGCCAUUAAAUUCAUGGCCUAUGAGCAGAUCAAGCGAUUCAUUGGUACUGACCAGGAAAUGCUGAGGAUUCAUGAGCGACUGUUAGCUGGUUCUCUGGCUGGGGCCAUUGCACAGAGCAGUAUCUACCCGAUGGAGGUUCUGAAAACACGGAUGGCUCUAAGAAAGACGGGACAGUACUCAGGCAUGUUGGACUGUGCCAAAAACAUCCUUUCGAAGGAAGGAAUGGCUGCCUUCUACAAAGGCUACAUCCCCAACAUGCUAGGAAUCAUUCCAUAUGCUGGUAUUGACCUGGCAGUCUAUGAGACACUAAAAAAUGCCUGGCUGCAGCGCUAUGCUGUCAACAGUGCUGAUCCUGGAGUCUUUGUUCUGUUGGCUUGUGGCACCAUCUCUAGUACGUGUGGACAGCUUGCCAGUUAUCCCUUGGCUCUUGUGAGGACACGCAUGCAGGCCCAAGCUUCAGUUGAGGGUGCUCCAGAAGUGACGAUGAGAGGACUGUUCAAACACAUUCUGAAGACAGAGGGAGCGUUUGGUCUCUACCGGGGUCUGGCCCCGAACUUUAUGAAGGUGAUCCCAGCUGUAAGCAUCAGCUACGUAGUUUAUGAAAACUUGAAGAUGACUCUGGGUGUGCAGUCACGGUGACCAGGAGAUGCUGAGGACUUUGAACUCUGAAAUCUUGGGCUGUGAUCCCAAGACGUAUAGCCAUCUCUCAUUCUGUGAAUGUGUUGACACUAAGCUGACUAAGCAAAGCUGUGAAAUCUCAGAUAGCGUGUGAGUCAGUAAGGGGGAGGGGAGGAUCUGGUGUCCUUUGCCAUCUUGCUACUCGGAGCUUUUCAUAAACCAUCGUGUGGUCCUUUUUGUUGGGCCUUUCGGGAGACCAGGAGAUGUGCUCCUGGGAGAAUCUGAAUGCGUGAAUUGCUGAGGUCAGUUCCUAGCAGUACAGCAGAGUAGCAAGGAUUGGGGGAACAGGUCUGCUUUCAGCAUAUGACAUGUACAGAACUGUUUGCCAGCGGAUGAGCACCUUCUGACUUGCUGAAAGAGCUUCUUUUUCCAUUCAGUUGUUUAACUUCCUACCCAUUGUUUAAAUUUGUACAAACCUUGUGUAGGAGCUGCUGCCACACCAGGCUUGUUUAUUAUGUUUACAUGUAUUCUUUUGGGUAGGAGACAUUCAUGUUCUGCUUCCAAGACUUGACAUGAAAUGUAACUUUGAACUAUACUGUUUUUUUGAGGGCUGGUGGGCAGUGGUUUAAUCCAGUCAGGCUGAAGAUUACUUAGGCCAGCCUGGUGAAGAAUUAGGAUUAUUUAUUUUUUAUAGGUUUAAGUGUGUCUCAUAAAUCCACUAACAAGAUGCACUUACUAACAGAAGCAGCAGACUAGAGCCUGCAUGCCUGUAUCCUUUGCAUGCUGGAACUGGCUUGUCUUACACUCAGCAGGGGCUUGGAAAGGGGAAGGCUAGAGAGCCCUGGAUGGACUGGCACCUUGAUGCAUGGCUUUAGGGAAUAAAUGACAGUAUUUCACUGCUCCUGUGCAGUUGUGCUCCCAGCACUGCACGAGAGCCCCUGUGCAGCAUUGCAUGGACUUCUGAAUUUCAUUCUGCCUGGUGCCAAGGCUAGAUGAUGGACCUUUUCCAAACCCUGUGCCUACGCUGCUAUCUAUCUCUUUAGACCUCUUUGUAGAUUGAUGUUCAGGUUUGCAUUAGAGGGAUGGAGUCUCCAAGCCAGGAGUACGUCUGCUGUGGGAAGGGGUGUUAGGGAGAGGGGCUAGUUGUCAUUGGGAGAGGUGAGCUUUCAGUCCUGAAGACAACUGCUUGCUUUUCUUUCAAAGGGUGCUU